AUGGCGGAAGGGGAGAAAGACAACGUCUAUGCAGCUGCUCCAGGAAAUGGAGGUGGCAUUGAUCAAAAUAAUGUAUGGGGUGGUAAUCGAGUAGGAGGCAAUGGCAAUGGCAAUGGAGGUGGUGUUGAUCAAGAUAAUAUAUAUGGUGGUAAUAAAGUAGGAGGCAACGGCAAUGUCAACGUCUAUGCAGCUGCUCCUGGAAAUGGAGGUGGCAUUGACCAAAAUAAUAUAUAUGGUGGCAAUAAAGUUGGAGGAAACGGCAGUGGCAAUGUCUAUGCAGCUGCUCCAGGAAAUGGAGGCGACAUUGAUCAGAGUAACACAUAUGGCAACAAUGGUAUAGGAGGCAAUGGCAAUGGCAAUAAUAAGGACAGUAUCGAAAUUGUGGACGCCGGCGAUGACGAUGACAAUGAAGGUGAGAUGCCGAGCAUGAUGUCUUUGGCUUCAGGAGGCGGUGCUGGAGGUCCUAUGAGCAUGAUGUCUAUGGCUUCAGGAGGCGGUGGUGAUGAUGAUGAAGAGAGUGGCGGAGGUCCUACGAGCAUGAUGUCUAUGGCUUCAGGAGGCGGUGGUGAUGAUGAAGAGGGUGGCGGAGGUCCUAUGGGCAUGUUGGAGAAACUUCAAGGUGUUGCGAGCAUGAUGUCUAUGGCUUCAGGAGGCGGUGGUGAUGAUGAAGAGGGUGGCGGAGGUCCUACGGGCAUGUUGGAGAAACUUCAAGGUGUCGCGAGCAUGAUGCCUAUGAUUGCACAAAGUCUUGGCGGUGGUGGUGGCGAUGAUGACGGAGGAGGUGGUGGCAAUCCUAUGGGAAUGUUCGGACAACUAGGAGGACUUUCGAGCAUGAUGCCUAUGAUUGCACAAGGUCUUGGCGGUAGUGGUGGCGAUGAUGACGAAGGAGGUGGUGGCAAUCCUAUGGAAUUGCUUGGAAACCUAGGAGGACUUUCGAGCAUGAUGCCUAUGAUUGCACAAAGUCUUGGCAGUAGUGGUGGCGAUGAUGACGGAGGAGGUGGUGGCAAUCCUAUGGAAUUGCUUGGAAACCUAGGAGGACUUUCGACGGCGACAGCCAAGACCUCAGAUUACGGAUGGCGCCAGGCAGAGAAACGGACAGGCGACAGGCAGGCUGGCCAAGUCACUCGCAAACCCCCACCGUCCCCUCUGGGCAGCCUGUCCUGCGGCGCCCUUCGCAGGGUGGAGUGGAUGAUACCUUGCUUGUUUUCAACGCAGCUCAAGGCCACCGUUACUACAGGCAGAGGCUAG